UUCGAGUCCCACAUGCUGUUGUUCGUCACAGCUACGCUUAUCUGAGGUCAGAAAGGAUCUUGAUAGGACGGGGGCGAGAGAACAGUGCAACUAUAUAAUCAACCAGCAUCGAAUGAGGAAGUCAGUGUAUUGAAAAAGAUAGACAAAGUGAAGAUGGUAAAGAUUACUUUCCAGUCGGUCUCGGCGCAGAAAGCAGAUAAGGAGCUCGAUGGAGACAAAGCCGAGAUUCUCAUGCCCUAUGAACACGAGCUGGUUCUUCCUCUGAGGCCCAAGAAGUCUCAUCUGAACGGACUGCUUUGUUCCACCUUUGGCCUGGUGGUGUUCAUGUCAGGACUGGUGCUGGCCUCCAUAUAUGUCUAUCGCUAUUACUUCAUACCACAGAUUCCCGAGGACAGUCUGUUCCACUGCAGGGUUCUGUAUGAGGACUCUGUGCACGCCCCCAUGCACGGCAGACAGGAGCUGGAGGAGAACGUGGGCAUCUACCUGGACGACAACUAUGAGCAGAUCAGCGUGCCCGUACCCCAUUUUGGAGGGAGCGACCCAGCAGACAUCAUCCACGACUUCCACAGGGGUCUGACUGCGUACCAUGACAUUGCCCUGGACAAGUGUUACGUGAUUGAGCUCAACACCACCCUGGUCAUGCCACCACGGAACCUGUGGGAGCUGCUGGUCAAUGUCAAGAGGGGGACGUAUCUGCCCCAGACCUACAUCAUCCAGGAGGAGAUGGUGGUGACUGGGAGGGUGAGGAACAUGAGACAGCUGGGGCCCUUCAUCCACCGGCUCUGCUACGGCAAAGACACCUACCGCCUCAAACGCCAACGCGAUGCACGCCGACGCAUCGACAAGCGCGAGGCGAGGAACUGCCACAGCAUCCGUCACUUUGAGAACACCUUUGUUGUCGAGACGGUGAUCUGUGACAGGGUCUAACUUUUCCGAGGGAGAAGAUGGCAAGAUGACCUCCCUACACCACCAAGCCAACUCUUAAACCAUACCUCGCACCUUCCUUAGGCGUUAUAUUGCACUUUAAAAAGAUUUUGUUUGUCCAAAUAGUUAUUGGUUUUAAUGUUUUCUUUUAUUCCUUAUUUUGUCCCAAGUUGAAGGGUUGUUUACUGCUCUGGUGUUGGUUUUAUUUAUUUUUUGUAUUCCAAUGGUCUGUAUAGUUUGAUAAUGCCGGUAAUGCAGUGAAUCCUUAGCUUUUUUGUUCCUUGGGUUUAAAUGUCAUGUUGCACAGAUGUUUCUUUGGGAUUUGAUAUGUCUUAAUUUGAGGUUGACGCCAGCAUAAUCAGAUGAGUUGUCUCGGGAUUUAACUUCAAUCUAUUCAGAUUGAGUUGGCAUGUUUAUCCUUUCUGUAUUUGACUUUUCUUCUCUUUGUAACCCUGUGCAGUGUGCGUAACAGUGAAGAGAAUUGGGCAUAAUGCUGCUUCAUGCGCUGUGCAGACAGACUUGUUUUUAUUGGUCUCUCGGUUCAACCAAAGUGAACCCAUGAUUUCUUGUUGUCCAGAAAUGCCCGAAACAUACCUCGUAUAUUUUAAUGUUUUUUCGCCUGUUAUGUAAAUCAUGAAUUGUGUAUAUGUAUUAUCCUAUAAGCAAUAUAUACUGUAUAUGCAUAGAUUUUUUUAUCUAAACUUGUUUUGUGAUUGACUGAUCAUUUCUCUAUGGUUUGUCCCUCUUUGUGGUAUCUUCCACUCAUUGACUCUGUCUGGCUCUCACAUGGCUUAGACUGAAGUAGCAGUGCUUUCAAUGGGCCAACGGAACCAAAUAUAUAGUCAGUAACGCUAUGUGGAGUUGUGAGAGUGUUACUUAGGCAUAUUUGGGGAUGGAUCUAGCUUUAUAAAUUGCCCUACGGUGGGACAGGUUUUAGAAUUCAACUCUUUCUUUCUGCGUGUCUUUGGCUACUUCCUGAUUCUGUGUGCAAGUGAACACUUCAGGAGAAGGGUGGAGCAUUGGGACGUGGUUGUCCUCUUCCUUCUGUCUAGUGGGUUCAGCCUCUUGUCUGCAGUUGAAUCCUUGUAGCCAGGUUCCAUACCUGCUAUCCUGAUCUACUAUCUCUUCAUUGCUUGCCUGUCUUGCUCUCUUAACAUUUUUUUUACUAUACUGGAUGAUAUGAAGGAAUUCUGUUGCUGUUUUAAAGGGAACUACCGUAUGUUGUAUAUUUUCAUGAUCUGUCCCCUUCUCUUCUGACUCGCCAUGCUGUACUGUCAUUUGACUUGUAAUAGCUUAUCCUACCACAGUACCUAAUGAAUAAACAAUUAAACUACACUGCUUAUAUCUAA